ACCACCCUUCUGUCAUGUCAUCUUCUUCUUCUCCUGCCCUUUCCUUUCCCUGCACUCGAUCUCAUCCUCUCGGUGUUGUUUUUAAUUUCUAAUAAAAAAGGAAAAGAAAAGAGAAGAAAAUCCUUUUCUCUCCCUAUAACUAUUCAAAUCUUUUUAUUCUCUUCGAGUUUCGGAGACACUGUUGCCUUUCCCUUUCUUUUUCAUACCUCACUUCCCUUAAAAUAAACAAAACCCCCCAUAAACAGUUUUUAAUCUAAACCCAUAAUUUAUAUAUAGUUUUUUUUAAAAGAAAAUUUAUUUUUAAUCCUUUGUUUUUCCUUGUUUUUUGUUGUCCUUUGAUGCUGGCAUGGCUGGUCUUGAUUUAGGGACUGCUUCUCGCUAUGCUCAUCAGCUUCACAGACCGGACCUUCACCUCCAACACCAACCUGAACCUGAAGACCAGGAAGGUGCCCACUAUGGCUCAGGUGACCAUCACCAAGACGAUGGCUCUCACCAAGCCCUGGAUUUAGUCAACGCAGCCAACUCAGGUCCAGGUGAUGUUGUAGCCCGUAGGCCAAGAGGUCGUCCUCCAGGUUCCAAGAACAAACCAAGGCCUCCGGUCAUCAUCACAAGGGAGAGUGCAAACACGCUCCGAGCUCACAUUCUUGAAGUUGGGAACGGCUGUGAUGUGUUUGAUUGUGUUGCGAACUACGCUCGGAGAAGGCAAAGAGGAAUCUGUAUACUGAGUGGGAGUGGUACGGUAACCAACGUGAGCAUUAGGCAACCAGCUGCAGCUGGAGCUAUAGUUACCCUUCAUGGCAGAUUUGAAAUAUUAUCACUUUCAGGUUCAUUUUUGCCACCACCGGCUCCCCCAGGUGCCACCAGUUUGACAAUCUUUUUGGCUGGCGGGCAAGGCCAGGUUGUAGGAGGAAGUGUGGUUGGGGAACUCAUGGCGGCAGGACCUGUUAUUGUCAUAGCUGCAUCGUUUACAAAUGUGGCCUAUGAGAGACUGCCCUUGGAAGAGGAUGACCAGCUGCAGAUGCAAAGUGACGGCAGCGGAAGCGGUGGAGGUGGUGGUGGAAAUAACAUGUUUGCUGAUGCGGGAGCUGGCGCAGGGGGGUUGCCUUUCUUCAAUUUGCCUCUCAGUAUGCCGCCCAAUGUCCAGUUACCGGUUGAAGGAUGGCCAGGAAACUCAGGUGGUAGGCCUCCGUUUUGAGAGAUUUGGGUCGAAAUGUGACUUUUUGAUGGAAAAUUCAAUCUCUGUUGAGAAGCAGUUGCAUUGAUGGAAACGGGAUUCUUGGAUCAUAAAGGUCAGGAAAAUUCAUGGACUAGUUACCGUUAAUCCUCAUCAUCAUCAUGCUUCUUCUUCUUCAACUUCCUCUGAUGUUGAUGUUAAUUUUAGGUUUUUCUUUUCCUUUUAAUCUUUGUUUUAGUCUUUUUUUCAUCUUUUCUUUUUUCGUUUCGGAUUUUUGGAAUCUAUGAUUUCUGGAAAUAGUACUCCUUUCAUGUUCAUGGUAGAAAAACUUUCUUCUUCUUUACAAUUAGAAAUGGUUUGAUGAUGUAUUAACUUUUGUUGGAUAAUAUCAGUCACUGAAUUUCAGUGUUACUAACAGAUCAACUAGGGUUUCCCUUUUCUUUUAAUUUUCAUCAUUUAAAUUUGCCUCAUAUAUCAAUCUUUUUCAUCUCCUAUAGACCCAACAGAUAUAAUUCUUGUCCUCGUUUACA